CUUCUCCUCUCCUCUUCUGUAUCUUGUUUCCUCACGCUCGUUCACGAUGCCGCCAACAAGACGACUAGCAGCGAAGCAGUCGCAAAAUCAGCAGCAGCCUGCUGCUGUCUCUGAUACGGCACCCGCUCCCGCGCCCCCGCCCGCGCCCGCGCCCUCCUCCUCCUCUUCCUCUACCCUCACGCCCUCCUCUUCUGCCCUCUCCACUCUCCUCUCCCUCCCCGUCCGUGCCCUCCGCGACCCCGUCGGCACAACAAAAUCUCUCCUCUUCGACCGCUCGCACUUUUGGCCUCUCGCAUUCCUCCUCACGGCCUUCAACCUCGUGCUCGGCACGGCAAUCAUCCUCCGUGUGCCCUACACCAAGAUCGACUGGCCCGCGUACAUGCAACAGGUGGACAUGUUUCUUGCGGGAGAACGUGACUACAGCAAGAUCGAGGGCGAGACCGGGCCACUCGUCUACCCCGCUCUCCACCUCUACAUUUACACUGCGCUCCAUCAGCUCCUCCCCGUGCCGCGCGAGCGUGCGGCUCAGUGGAUCUGGCUUGCCGUAGAGCAGGCCACUCUUCUACUGGCCGCGGCAGUGUACUACCUCGCCGGCCGAGACCGACAUAUACCGCAAUGGCUCCUGUUCCCUCUGGUGCUCUCGAAGCGGUCCCACUCGAUCUACCUUCUCCGCCUGUUCAACGACCCGCUUGCAAUGCUGCCACUCUACGCCGCCGUCGUCGCUCUUCAGCUCGAGUACUGGAAGAUCGGCAGCUUUUUGUUCUCCCUCGCCCUCGGAGUGAAGAUGAACAUCCUUCUCUUCCUUCCCGGCCUUCUCGUUGUGCUCUUCCAGUCCCGAGGUGCUGUGGGCACUCUGGACAGCCUGAUCAUAAUCGGCUUCGUGCAGCUCGGUCUUGGCGGAUACUCAUUUUUCGAGACGCCCGCCCAACUCCGCGUCUACUUCGCCAGCGCGUUCGACUUCUCCCGCUCCUUCCUCUAUCAGUGGACAGUGAACUGGCGCUUCGUGCCCGAGCACAUCUUCCUCUCCCGGGCGUUCGGUCGUGCCCUUCUUGGCUGCCACGCCGCCCUGCUGAUUCUUUUCGGUCUCUAUCGCUGGUGUCCCGUACCAGGCGGCACGCGCGCCGUCCUCACGAACGGCCUCCACACCCUCCGCGGAAUGUUCAAGCCCGCCGUACCCCCUGGCCAGCUGUCGUCCUCGCAUCUCCCUCUCGUUCUCUUCUCCUCCAAUCUCAUCGGUAUGGCCUGCGCCCGAUCCCUCCACUACCAGUUCCACACGUGGUACUUCCACCAGCUCCCGUUUCUGCUGUACUUUGGCGGCGGCUGGGGCCAGUGGGGUCUCAUCCUCGGCAUCCCCGCCAUGCUCGAAAAGGCAUGGGACACGUACCCCGCCACGCCGCGCUCUAGCGCGCUCAUGUUCAUCGCGCACGCCGCCAUGAUUGCCGGGCUGUGGGUCAUGGGGCCGCGGCCCCCACCACGCGCAAGGAUCGAGUAGGGUAGAAGCUUUGGCAUUGCGUGUUCCAUGACCAGAUUGAGACAUAUUUGCUCGGGAGAUGCCCAACCUUGACGAUAAGCUCGGCCCGACACAGUUUUGCCCGCAAGCCUCAGUGAACCCAACUGUAACCCAAAUCUAAUCGUUCCCAUGUCGGAUGCCGCAUAUAAUGCUGAACAGUUGCGUACUGCUCACAAUCUUCUCACAAGAUGAAACUCCUCCCACUCAUCCUUCUCUUCACUCUGGCUACUGCGGCGCCGACCCCAAGCGACUCCCGCAGCCGCGGCUGCCGACUGUGGACAGCCGAGUCCUGCCACUGGGUGUGCUUCGCCUACGGCGGCGGCGCGCUGCGCCCCUGCAACACCGGCGUCGAGUGCAUCUGCCACAGCGCCGAGCGGAUCUGUAAGCCCUGCGCCUCCAGUGCUGACAGAAGGGAAAGCUCGCACCUGACGCAUAGCCCAUACUCAUGCAUGCAUU